CACAAAAGCAGUCAGACAAGUCACACUUUUACAAUCAAACAAACGGAAAAGCAAGUUUUACUGGGUGUCCCUGAAGCAUCGCGGGCCGUGUGACGUCAGCCGCUCCCCUGCGCUCCCUCUCGCAGCCAGUCAGAGAAGGGAUGCUCUGAACGCAAGACUGCAGCAUCUUCACCGAGAGACCGAGCAGGAAAAAACGUCUCUUUCUCUGCGUGUUCCUCCAGCUCCUUCCUCCGCAAACACCCCGUCACCCCCGGGUGUCUUCAUGACCGGAGCCAGGACAGGAUAAGAAGGAAGAAAGAAAUUACAAUAGCCUACCAGUAACGAACCGGAUUUUUUUCUAUUGUUAUUGCUUCACCGACCUUCAUUUCUUUUUCGGUUGAUUUCGCCUCUUUGUGUUUUUGUUUUGUUUUAUUUAUUGUUCCGUUUCGCUGGCUGUUGCAGAGGAGCGCCACCAUCCUGCGCUGCCUGACAUGAGUACGCUCUUUUAUCCGGUUGCAGCGGAAUGACACACAUAUCGUAGCCCGCAUAUCAGAAGGUUGAUGGAAGAUUGACGCUCCAUUUGCACGUUUUUAGUAGCCUAGAUCAUACUCCAUCUGCACAGGUCUCGGAUAUUUUUUUUUCUCCCGCUCUGAGCCGAUCAUCCGCCGCUCCAGCGUUUCUCUCUUUCUGUCCCUGCGCAGCAUCUCUGUACGCACGGCGCACCACGGAGAAACGCGCAGCUAACCUUCCCCGUCCGUAAGAAACAGGCGUAUUUCUCCAAUUCCUAAAUCGCUUUCGCCUUCUCUAAGGACUCAUCUGCACGGCUACGCUGCGUAAAAAAAAAGGGAAAAGGGGGGAUUUAAACGCAAACGCAGCCCAAGCAUCCAAGAGAAAGCUCGAAAAUGAUGGCCGGCGGAGCAGUACAGCAAAACGGGAUUUUCUCAAAUCCUCACCAUCACAAUCAACAACCACACAUGGAGUCCGAUCCCCCGGACUCACGUAAAAGACCCCUGGAGACUCCGACGGAGGCCAGCAGCACCAAACGCACAAACACGGGAGUGGCCUUCCUGCAGCCCCUAUUUGAAACUGAAGGCAUUGUAUUCCCUCACCAAGAAACUGAGACUCAUGAGGAAGGCGAGUACUUCCUGAAGGUUUUGAUUCCCAGCUAUGCGGCGGGUUCGAUCAUCGGGAAGGGAGGUCAGACCAUCGUCCAGCUGCAGAAAGAGACCGGAGCCACCAUCAAACUGUCAAAAUCCAAAGACUUCUAUCCUGGGACGACAGAGCGGGUGUGUCUGAUUCAGGGGACGGUGGAGGCGCUGAACGGUGUCCAUGACUUCAUCGCUGAGAAGGUGAGGGAGAUGCCUCAGAGCACCCAGAAGACAGAGCCAGUCAGCAUCCUGCAGCCGCAGACCACCGUCAACCCAGACCGCGUCAAACAGGCCAAGCUGAUCGUCCCCAACAGCACGGCGGGGCUGAUCAUCGGUAAAGGCGGAGCUACAGUCAAGGCGGUGAUGGAGCAGUCAGGGGCGUGGGUCCAACUGUCCCAAAAACCCGAGGGCAUCAACUUGCAGGAACGUGUCGUCACCAUAAGCGGAGAGCCAGAGCAGAACCGCAAAGCCGUGGAGAUCAUUGUCCAGAAGAUCCAGGAAGACCCUCAGAGCUCUUCCUGUCUCAACAUCUCCUACUCCAACAUCACAGGGCCCGUCGCCAACUCCAACCCCACUGGCUCCCCAUACGCCAACUCCACCGAGGUCAUGCCGGCCGCGGCAGCCGCUGCAGCAGCCACAGCUUCCUCUCUGCUGGGUCAGGCCAGCCUCGCUGGGGUCGGGGCCUUCCCAACCACCAUGUCCAGCCUCUCAGGCAACGACCUGCUGGCCAUCACCUCGGCCCUCAACACUCUGGCCAGCUACGGCUACAACACCAACUCCCUGGGCCUGGGGCUGAAUCCCGCUGCAGCCUCAGGGGUGUUAGCCGCUGUAGCAGCUAAUGCUAACCCAGCAGCAGCCGCCGCUGCUAAUUUGUUAGCAUCAUAUGCCAGCGAUGCAUCCACCAGUGCAGCUCACCCAGCAGCUGGUCUCGGAGGCUUCUCCCUGGGAUCUCUGGCUGCCGCUACAGGGGCCACCAAUGGCUACUUAAGCGCCGCAUCGCCACUGGUGGCAUCAUCUCUACUGGCCACAGAGAAACUAGCAGAAGGAGCGAAGGAAGUGGUUGAGAUCGCCGUGCCAGAAAACCUGGUGGGAGCCAUCUUGGGGAAAGGAGGGAAGACGCUAGUGGAGUACCAGGAGCUGACCGGCGCCAGGAUCCAGAUCUCCAAGAAAGGCGAGUUCAUCCCUGGAACUCGGAACAGGAAGGUGACCAUCACAGGUUCCCAGGCCGCCACACAAGCCGCACAGUACCUGAUCAGCCAGCGAAUCACUUAUGAGCAGGGGGUACGUGCCACCAACCCACAGAAGGUGGGCUAAACCUGACAGCCAAUGAAAAACGAGGAGGAAAAGAGGAAAAAAAAGAGUGGGGGCUUGGGGGAGGAGUAUAUAAAAGUGAGAGUGAGAAUGGAAAAAGGAGAGGAGAGCACGAAUGUCAGAAGGAAUCGUCCGCGCCGUUUUCUUCUGCGUUUUUCUUUUUUUUCAGUAUUCUCUAUUAAAAAAAAAAUUUUUGACGCGGAGCAAAAAUGUGCUGAGAAGACGAGGAGGGAGAGGAGCGAGUUAUCACGCUGAAAAACCAAGAAAAAAAUGUGUAACAUGUAAAUAAGGUUUUAUUACUUAACGUCUUUUGGGAUUUUUUAUUGUUUUGUUUUAUUGUUUUGUUUUGUUUAGUAAAUUAAGCUGUCUGUUUGUUCGUUUGUGUACUGUGUGAACAAAGCUGAAUGCCAUGUAGACAGGCCGACUGCCUGAGAGCCUACAGGAAGUGGGUGGGAUGGCGGGGAGGGGGGGAGGGGAGGGCAUGGGCAUGGUGGGGCUGGGGGGUUUGCGUUUACAGGGUACAACCCUCCACCCCCGCCCCCAAAAAACCCAUAUGGAAACAACCCCUAUCCUUCCCUCCCCCUUUAGCCCACACCGUCCUGUAAGGUUUUUUCCUUCUAGUUUUGAUUUGCCCCUCAGCCCCUUGCCCCACCUCCUCCCUUAGCCCCUCUCACUAUUUGCCCCCAGCCUCGCCCCCGCCCCUGCCCUCUUUUAUAAGGGUUUUAUAAUGAGCAAGACUGCAAUCUUCAGCCUGGUGUGUGACAGAAGAAACGUCCUCGACCCCCCCCCCCCAACACCUUUUAUUCUCUCCCCUGGCCUAUGGUCUCACCUCCCCCUUCCUCCCUCUCUUCCAGGGAGAUGAAGGAAGGUUGAGGUGAAAUUGGGGGAGGGGUGUCGGGGGGGAGAGAACCGGCUGGGCGUUUCCUCAUUUGCACACCAUACCCCCUUCCCCCACCCUCCUCACCUCCUCCCCCCCGUAUACCCUGUGAUGUAUCCCACAAGCAGUGCGGCACCGCAGGGGUGUUACGGCACGUAGACCCCCCCCCCACAUAUGCAGCUCUAGCGUUUUGAGAUAGAAUGCCGAGGCGCACGCUGAUGACCUCACGUAGUGCGACACCUAGAAUCGACGAGAGUGAUACUGUGCAAGCUGCGGCAAACACACAGGAUCUACGGCAUUUUUUGCAGUCUGCUGUGAUAACUCUGUUAAUGAUAUUGUCAUGAAUAUUAAGAUAGGAAUCAUCACCAUCGUCAUUAUUUAUUAAUGAGUUCACCCAUAAAAAGCUCAGUUGUUUCUUCUUUUUUCUUAUCUGUGAAUUCAGGUUGACAUGAAUGUAAUUGAGACUAUUUUGAUUUGAAUCUUUUGUUUUAAUUUAAGUGGAUUGAAAAUGAAUAGUUAUGUCACAUAGUGUAAUAUAUGUCUUAUUUAAAGUCCAGUGAGAAAGCCACCCCAGGCAUUGAGAUCAUUACAGUGAAGGAUCACCUUAUAUAUCCAGUCACAGAGCAGAACAGGGAACCCGCACACACACACGCACACACACACGCUGAAAACAAAACACUAUGAUGCCAUAUUUGGUGCUAGAAAAGGGAUUUUACCAUAUCUAUGACGCAGAGUGCAGUGAGACCUCUAGAUUAGCAAGAAAAUAUCUGUAAACCACUAACGCCACAGGCUGCAGUGCAGCAUCUUAGCAGCUGUAUUAACCUGAAACGCCUGGUUCUCAUGCUUGGCUGUCGUAGCUCAUGCUCCAGAAUAUCCCUGCUGUUCUAUAUCUGUAGUAAAACGCCCUGUUACACUUAAUGUAAAAUUGUAACCAAAAUGAAUAAUUGAGUUGAAGUGAGUUCUCAGAUGAACUGCUGCUGCUCAGCCUGUGGUCUUCCAGACCUUUACGCGAACCCAAACCACAGAUGAGAUCAAGCGAAGAGCACUUACUACGUACUACUGAGAAAUGCAAACGUCGACACUGAAACAUGACGAGGGAACAUUGUUCAUCUGGGGUCCACUGCUAAGUCUGCAAGUCUCGCUAGCAGAUUUGAAAUUUCAAAGCAGUGUUCAUAUCAGUAAAGGAGAUAAAUGUCCUCAUUGAUCUUUGCCCUUAUCAAGCAACCGUCCGACUGCCGAUAAGGUAAAGGGCAGACGUGGGAGAUUUUCAACAUGCGUCCACGGAGCCGAGCUCGUUUCUGCCUCUGGCGGACUGCAGCUCUUCCAUGGCAACAGGUUUACUGCCCACUGUAGACCCACUGUAGGCUGCUGAAGAUGCUGUUGUUUCUUUUGUUGUUGAUUUUUUUGUUUGUGUCGUGUUAUUAUUUUUGUUUUUUUUUUACAAUCGGAGUACACUGAAUUUUUGUCUUAAUGCACUGUGAAGCGAGGGAGCGGUUCUCUCGGCCUGUGAGGUCAGGGAUGUGUGCUGUAGACGGCAUCGUGAUCGGACGGCUUUUUGUAUGGCAGGGAAAAACAAACGCAUAUAUGAAAUAUAUGUAGAAUGCAUAUGAAGAACUUCACCAGAAAUGCACGUCAUAUCUGAAUAAUGAAGGAGGAGAAAGAGACUAGGUCGAUGAAGAGGAUCAAUCAAUUGAGGUCAAGAGCUGAGAUCAAUUAGAUUCCACUUACCUGUUGUCCUGGAACUCUGUAAUUAGAGGGUGGGAUGCUGGGGGAGUGUUAGGUGUCCAGAAGCAGAUUAAAGAGACUGGAACAAAUUCUAAAUUCACUUUUCUAUCGCGGCUGUGUCUUUUUUAUGCAGUUGAAAUUGAUAAAACACUGUACGUCCAACGGGCAAAUCGCUAAGUCCAACAGGAGUCGAAGUGUGACGGAAUGUAAAAUGCCAAACAUGAGGAGGGGGUUGCAUUUGAUUUAUUGACCUGCACAGCCUGGUGAGGGGAGGGAACUCCUCUAAGAUAGAAAAAAAAAAUCUUUUUAAACCAAUCCGACCCAAAAUCCUCCACUGUGCUAUCGAAUGUGUCACUCUCUGUUGGAGCGCCAGUGAGGGUUUAUCUCCACAGCUUGGUAAGGAGGCUUCUUUACUCCCAUCUAACACCAUCCACUCUCUCCUCACCCUCCCUCCCACCCGUCCUCAGUCCUCCAGUGCACUCCCAUUCUGACACUUCCUCUCCUCCUACCACAUCGCUCCAUGGGUGACUAUGUCUGGUGUUACGAUCAAUGCAUGUCUGCUGCUUGCCCUGACAAACACCGCAGAUUGAGUCUCUCUUCUCUUUGCCUCCUCGGGCAGCUGAGGCUCGGAGACGCCCUGAUGCACCACCAUCAGAAAAUGACCACACCUGCAGAGGAAGUCAUAGUUGAGGCUGGCAGGGCACAGUGCACAAACACUCUUAUCUGUAUUUUGGAUCAGUGUGCUUUAUUGUAUACACUGAAGAGAAAUAUUAAUUUGGAAUACCUUGCUGCACAAACAUAAAACACAGACAUAUCGUGAGGGAAUAUUUUGUCAUUACUGGGGUUUGACUGGAUUGGUGUUGAUAUUUUGUGGCAAAAAAAACCUCACGACAGGAAGAUCUAGUGUGCUUUUGUUCCACUGUCGAACUGUACUGUGCUGUGAGCAGGCAGCAAGCAACUUUACAUUUUAUUUAGUGUUUUUUAUGUCAGGACAGUAGACUACUGCUUCGUUUCAUCAAGUAAAACAUGGCAAACAUUUGCUGAUUACAACAUUCCAUCUGUCAGGUUUGCUGCUUUUAUCUGUCUUGUUUGAUACAAAACCGAAUAUGUUUGAGUUUCAGACUGUCGGCCAGACAAAACAGGCGACUUGUAGACCACUGUGGGAACUUGUGACAGACAUUUUUCACAAAUUUCUGACAUUUUAUACACUGAACAAAUAUUGAAUUAACAGAAUGUUUGGAGAUGAAUGAAGGAUUUAAGGUCAGUUCUUAUUCAUAGCCAUAGAUCUGCUAGUUUUUCAUCCAAUGGCCCGAGCAGGUUUAGCAUGCUGUCCAGUUUUCCUGGAAACGUUGCUGCCUUCCUUUGGAUGCAGCACAGUGUGUUCACAGUGGAAAAACCGCACUGGAGUUCCUGUUGUAGGUGCCAUCUGAGUUGAUUAAUACGGGACGGAUUUCUUUUUCAUCUCAUGAGUAAACCUUAGCUCUUUUUCUUUUAAUUUUUUGGUUUGUCUUUUACAUGGCGGCCAAUCUCCUUAGUUAUCUCAAUGUUAGGGGAUCGAGAUAAAAUGUGACGAGUACUGGAAGCAAUACAUGUAGUGGCAUGUCGUCUUGUCCUGUCCUUUAUCCUCUGUCUGCCGUAGGAGCUCUUGGAUUUACCCGUAGACGUUGACUAGGUUUAACACGAGUACAUUUUUUUUAACUUGUGGAAAAUGCUGCUAUUUAAUAAUAACUGAUGUUCUAAAAAAUACAAGGUUAAAACAUAUCGAAAUCUGUCCUUUAGCUGGAGAGGCUAGUCUCAAGUGGCAGUGUAAUACGCGCUCUGUUAUAAGCUCAUGAUAAGUUAAUAAUAGUGUAAUUCUAACCUGAACAAGUUAAACCUGUGCCAAAAUAGGUCUUUGCAGAGUGAAACUGUAAAUGUGUUGAUUUAAAACCACAUUAGAUAAGAGGAGACAUACUUUUAUAUUAAGAAAAUGUGAAAAGUGCCAAAUGAACCAUAUUUAUAACUUAGGACAGGAGUAGUCCAACGUGACGGUUUAUAGGAACUAUAGGUAGACUAAAAGGUGAAAGCGCCUCAGUAUAGCAGUUUGUUGACGCCGUCUCUGUUCCUGCCACAACAGGAGGAACCGCCAUGUUAGCCAAGUGUUAGCCAGUCCUCUGGGAGCCACCCGUCCCAGAAUGCAACAGCACUACGACUCUGGGGCUAGACAAAUCACUAUAACGAUAGGUUAGCAUAAUUAUGCUAAAAAAUGUGACUUGAUAGCAUUCUUAAAUACAGCCUUUUAUAGUUACAAUGAAAAUGUAUUUUGUGGAAAUAGAUGUUAUCUUUUUUGCACGUCUAUAUUGCAUGAUAUCAAAGUGAAGCGUGGACACAAAAAAAGGAAAAAAAAUUAAAGAAACAAAAAAGAAGUGGCAAAAAAAAAUAAAAAUAGGCAGUGUGUGUCAUUAAUUUUUCAGAGACAAAUCUUUGCAUGCCGAUAAGGGUAGAGCAUUUUGAUAUUGUUUUACACGCGUUGUUUUCCAGUGUGUUUUUUCAAGCGGCCGUGUUGAGUCCUGGUCCACCGGCCAAAGGUGAACAAAACGUUUGAUUUUGACGUCACAGCAGGAUGAGUAUUUUGGCAUUAAGUUGUCUAAACCUCCUCAAAGGGAUAAAACUCUCGAACAAACCUAAGACUAUUUUGCUACUUGCUGAGCGAGCUUGUACUAAAAAUUUCUCAGUUGCUGCCUAACUUUAGAAGAAGAACAACAACAACAACAGAUCGUGAUUUAAUUUCGAAUAAAGACUGAGAUUGUCCAUGAAUGUACUCACCUCUGCAUAAGUUUGCAUAUCACUCCUCUGACCAUUGACGUGCAGUAGAGGCUUAUGUGUGUUUUCGUGUGUUUUUGUACUCUAACAUUACUAACCCUCGACGCAGCGUGUCGAGCUCUCAGUAUAACUCUGUUGUCUGUCCUUUUAUACGCCCCCACGCUCUGAGCUCUGGCUUGUCUUGUCAUUGAUAUGCACCUUAUUGCCCUCAAAUAUGACAUGGAGCAUCUCCAGGCCCUGCAAGUGUGUUUGGAAGAGAUUUGUAAAGAGAGAGUGUGUGAGAAAGAGAGGUGAAAACUCACCUCACUCACCUGUAAUCCAAAACACACACACACACACACACACACACGUCUGUCCGCUGGACUCCCUCAGCAGCCUCACUGCAGAAUUUGGGACAGAUUGUGUUUUCACUCCCUUAAAAUGCAAUCCAAGGCUCUGAUCUCGGGGAGAGAAGCAACACUGAACAUUAUCAGUGUGUUUUCAAAGCGGUCAUGUUUUGAAUCCAGAUAUCUCUCUCUCUCUCUCUCUCUCUCUUUUCCUCUUUUUCUCCCAGUUCGGCUCAAUUAAAUGCUUUUAUUGGCAUCAGAAAGUCCGUCCUCCUCUCUCUCUCUCUCUCUCUCCCCCUCAAUAUUAUGCAACCGCAAACCACAGUAUUUUCGGCGCGGUCAUCUUUUGUACCCUGACAGAUGCUGUCAUGGGAAAUGACCCGCUCUCCUACAAAACUCCCCACCCAAAAAAAACAAAAAAAACACAAAAAAAGAAAGUCAAAAUCUGUACUCGUGCUCCUGGCGAGAUGUUUGCACUAAACUUCCUGCUGUUAUUGUGCACGGCAGGCCGAGCCGAGGUGGGGGUCAGCGUGCGAGACUACUGUAGACGUGUAGCCUGACUGUAGGUGUUUAUUCAGCAGUGUAUUUAGAUGUGCAUGCUCCUCUCUCUCCUUCUCUCUCUGAGUUUGUCUGCUUUAGGCCAGCUCCGUGCUCGUGGUGUCUGUGUUGCGACAUAGCCGGCUGUUUGUUUCCUUCUUUAUUUACUGUGAUGUGUAGAGGAAUGCAAACUUAGCACUCACCUGCUCGCCAGGUGACCUCAUUGCUUCUCAGUGGGUGUGGCUCUUUGACAUAGUCCUCAGAUUUUUUUGUUGAUUUUUUUUUUGCCCAGCCCCACCCACUUUCACCCACACCCACCACUGACCCUCCCACCUCUUCAAACACCCUCUGCAACAUAUUAUGGGACCCUGCUCUUCCCCUUUUUUCCACCUCCCCCUUCCUCCCCCCAACUUGGGCCCCAUUGAAGCACCAGCAACUGUAGACUGCAUUUGUCAUAUCACUGUUUUUCUGUUCCUUCUUCUCGUUCUCUGUUGGGUUUUUUUUCCUGGUUUUGAUUUGUACUGUAUGCUCUGUCUAACCUAGACCAGUUUUAACAAAAUGCCAUUUCUGUGUGUAGCCUGUUUACCCCUCCCACACACACACACACACACACACACACACACACACGCACACACUCUUCCAUGCCCUCUUUUUUGCACUUUCACUGCCCACUCCUCUUCCUUGCCCAAACAUACACACACUUUCCUCCUCCGCCUCCCACGAGUCUCUUCUCUCGAGUGCCAAAAUAGAACAGAGAGGAAAAAAAAAAACAAAACAAAAAAAAGACAACAACAACAACAACAACAACAACAACUACCAUUCCAAGCGUUUCUUUGAGUUGUUCUUGUGUGUCGGACAUCCAUCCUGGAAGCACCCAUGAAGCCAGCAUGCUCCGCCCUCAUAACAUGAUGUCGCUCAUGACGCCUCAACUGAACAGCACCUUGCCCCCCACCACCACCACUCCUCCUCCUCCUCCUCCUCCUCCUCCUCCUCCUCCUCACCACCCCCCACAGAGCUAAACCCGACAAGGAUUAACCCCUCUGCAGGUUGGCUACCUACCUACUGUCCUGCCUCUCAACCUACCUAAAAAAGCCCUACCGCUCAUGCCAGCUGCUUUCCUAAUUCUGUCAUCUCUUCAGCCUGUGGGACUUCAUUGAUUGUGUGCCAUAGUGUUGGGGGCACCUUUCACUCUCCUCACCUGCCCCUCUUUCUACUCCCCCCUCCCCCGUCUCACCUCCUCUCUCUCUCUCUCUCUCGCUCUCUCUCUCUUUCUAACUAUCUCCCCCCCUCCCUCCCCCUCCUCCCUCUCUCGCUCUCGCUCCAUUUGAUUUUUCUCGAUGGGAAAGAUUCAAAAAACUCCAUUUUCUAAUGAUGAUUUUUUUUGUUGUCGUUUAACAUCCAAACCACGCACGCCGACACACGCACCGCCCCCACGCGGUGGUGUGGGGAGUGUUUACGCACCGUCAGCUGCGCAGCCAUCCUCUGUCUUCUUGAACUUUUUGAACUUUCACCCCCUCAUGAACUUUAUUGGCCUUCUUCCUCCUCCUCCUACCCCCCUUCUGUGUUCAUCCAACUGUUUGGACGAUAACUCUCCAUUCCAUCCCCAAAACCUCUCUGAGACUGUGCAAUGCUAGCUGAUAUGAUUGGAUUUUUUUGUUUGUUUGUUUGUUGCUCAUCAUUGGGGACAAUUCUCUGAGAUAUAAGUCGAAAAAGAACAAAAAAAAAACAUAUGAAAGGAAGAAAAAAACAACAAAAAAGAAAUGCAGACAAACAAAAAAAAAGAAAAAAACAGUAAACAACUGUUUCUCCACAAUUUCAUUUUUUUUUUUCUCUCUCAUUGUAAAUAUUUUUGUCAGAUUUUUGCCGAGCUGUAAAGAGAGAAGUGUUGAGCAGAAAGGGGCCGGCAGCAUAAAGAGGUACUAGUGGACGCAGUAGACGAUCAUUACACUUUUCAUCCUCUGUAUCCGGUAGUUAGUCUGCCUGUAUAAUCGGCUAUGCUAGUUCUACUGUGUUAACCUGUGCUGUUCUUAUUAGUGUUGAUUUACCUACUGUAUUCGCUGUUUAGCUUCCAUGUUGGCUAGCAAUCUCUUUAGAUACCUGUGCUCAUCGAAUAAUAAUAAUACUAACCUUGAGAAGUAGUCCGAGCCAUUCUCGACGUAGGCUUGUUUUUUGUACAUUUGUUGAUGUUAUCCUAACAGUGAGUUGUAGUGGCGCUAGUAUCUUUUAUCAUCAAUCCAUAGUUAUUGGAAACGCUUGGUCAUGUUAGAGACAUAUCAUCGUGGAAAACGGCUCGACUCAGCUCCUCCAGGUUGGAAAAAAAAAAAAAAAAUCCCAGGGAGGUGGUCAGAAGUAAAUUUUAAAAACAUUAACAAAAUAAAAUAAACUCCUCCUUGGCUGCACAACGAGGAAGCUGAGCUGCUAACUUUUGUGCAAUACAGUCCUAGUUUACAUAACAUAGUGAGAUAGGUUAGAGAAGAUUAACCUCUGCAGGUGAGGCGCCGCCAUCCUGCUGCCUGCAGAACCAAACCUGUGGCAUAUCUCCAUAUUUCGCCUGUACAUCAGAGACAUGUUGAAAGUAUUAACGUGACUGCGUGAGAUUCGACUCCACCAUUUCAUCGCAUUGCUAUGAGCUCCACUCUUGAUUUAUGCUGCCUGCCCCAUUGCCCUGAGAACACCACAUGAGCUAUUUAUUUCUCAGACUAUUAUUAUUAUUAUUAUACUAUUAAUAAAUAACAACGCAACAAGAAAAAGGGAACGACUGGAAAAAGGUAAAUUAAUAUUAGUAUUGUUUUGUUUUUAUUUUUAGUAUUUUAGUGGUUGCUUUUAACAACAUUCAUUAACUGACUUAAAGAGUAUUGAAUAUUUAAUGUAAUUGUAGCAUUGUGUUUGUAAAGAGAAAAAAAAAACCUAGUGAGUUGUGUUUCUUGACUUGUGGAUUACCAGUGAAGUGGGCAAUCUAGUGCUAAUAUAUAUGAGGUCUUUUUUUAAGGAUUCUUAUUUUGCGACAGCAACAGCAGUCAUUAUAAAUGUUCAUUUUAGCAUCACCUGUCUUCCGUUGUCUUAUUCUUCACCUUCCACCACACUCUGCAUCAUCACAGUAACACAUCGCAAGUCUGGGGGUGGGCAGGAGCGUGUGUUUGCGUGAGCCAUGGAGUGUGUAUAUGUCGGUUUGCGUGAGAUGUGGGAGCGACGUGUGUGUUUGUCAUGAAUGUACACGUGACUCGUGUGUUUCUUUGUGUGUCUAUGCAAAAAUAUGGUAAAUAUAUGUGUGUGUGUGUGUCUGCGUCUGUCUGCAUGUUUGUGUUUGUGUGUGUGUGUGUGUGUGUUUGUGUGUGUGUGUGUGUGUUCGUUGGCUCUGUGAGGAGGGGGGUUCAGGGUGGGUGUUCUGUCCAGUGUCCACCAAAAGCUAAAACCUGUCAGGCUUCCAUACCUCCUGAUGGAACCUCCUGACGUUAUAGCUGCAAACCCUCAUCAUGUGAUCUGACUCAACUCGACUGUCCAUAACCCCUUCAGUCACCUGACCAACCAAAUCAACCAAUCACUGUCCACCACUACCGCCUUCCCCUGCGCCAUCCUUUGCUGCACACCACGUCAGCCCCAUGUGAUGUUCUCCAUCGAUAACAUAAUACUGUCACAAUCUACUGUUACAUGCUGACAGCUCUGGGGAUAAACACCCACAUAGAAUGGACAUUCAAGUGUUCAAAACUUGAGGUGCGCUUGGUUUUCUUUCACUAAGUUGUGGUGUUUUCACCCUGGAGAUUAUUAAAGUGCUUGCAAAUGAAACAAAGUGGUCUUUAAGCAAGUACACCUCAAGUUAUUUGAUUUACAAAGGGCCAGUUCACUCAAAAAUAGAAAUGUUUGGUUGUCCAGGUUUUAAGAUGUCAGUCUCUUAAAAUCUUUGUCUCCACCUCGAAACGACUGAGAUGAAUGGAAUUUAGUUUGUGGUGCUCACAGCAUUUAAAAUUUAUAUUUAAAGACUCUGCUUUCCAGAAACAGUGUCUGUCUGGGUGAACCUCAGACCCCACUGAGUACCGUGUUUAUUGGGACCAUUCGGUCUGCAGAAAGUGGAUCUAAAGAAAACCUUUAAAUGCUUUGUGUACCAAAAACAGACGUCCAUUUUUGGAGGGAGGGGGGUGGAAAUCUCAGAGACGGAUAUCUCAAAACAAACAUCUGCAUAGUUCCACAAGAGUUAAGCGAGAAAACAUUUUGCAAUUUGGAUGAACUGACCCUUUAAUGUCCACAAUGCACACUUGUUUAUUGUUUAUUUUUAUCAGCAUCGCUUGAAAGCAUUUUGAACUCGUGUGUUUUUCCCCAGAGCUGCAAAUUACAUUCUACCGUUCAUACUACUGUGCGUGCCGCAUACUACCUUAACAGGUCAGAUUCCACCUUAACCUGUCUCCAUGCCAACCACCAAGGAGCCAGUUGCAUGGCAACCGGCUUCCGCCACAACAAACCAACCUGUCAACCAACCAUCUUCCUCAACCACCGAGGCCACGCCCACCUGACUAUCCAUAGAAGAAGAGAUAGAGGAAGAGAGAGGAUAGGAAGAAGGGAUGGCAGAUGAAAGAGACGUAGUUGUGAUUCUCAGGGUGUCUUAUAUUAAUCUACUGUUCAGUCUGUUCUCCAGUCUGUCACUGGUGUCCUGUUGCCCCUAACUGAGCCCAAAGACGAUCAUGUCCUUCCGCGAUAAAUUCCUUGUACAGUUGAUUGACCACUGACCAAUUCCUCUCGAUCAGUUGAUUGAUAGUAUUGAUUGACCAAUCCUCUUGAGAGAUGCCACACAGCCAGUCAGGUGAACAAAGCUAGGCACUGUAACUAAUGUUUACAACCCAAAUGAGACCAACAACGCUGUUGAAAGAAUGUCUAGGACUUAAAACAAACAACAAAAAAAAAAAAAACAAGAGACAAAUCU